GUUUUAACUUUUAUAAGCUGUGCUAUCCGUAAAUGUUGCCAUAAACACAAUUGUUUUUCUUUUCCUGUCAACAGCUGUCAAAUAGCUCCAAAAUGGUACAGCGGCUUACGUUCAGACGACGUUUGUCGUACAAUACUAAAUCAAACCAAAGGAGAAUAGUAAGGACUCCUGGUGGCCGUCUGGUCUACCAAUACGUUAAGAAGCCCAAGAAGAUCCCGAGAUGUGGCCAGUGCAAGAGCAAACUGCGCGGUAUCCAGCCUGCAAGGCCCGCUGAGCGUUCCCGCCUUUGCUACCGCAAGAAGACCGUCAAGCGCGUUUACGGAGGUGUUCUUUGCCACAAGUGCGUCAAGCAGCGCAUCGUCAGAGCUUUCCUUAUUGAGGAACAGAAGAUCGUCAAGGUCCUCAAGGCGCAACAGGCGAGCGUGAAGAGUGGCAAGAAGGCAACAAAGUAAAUGUUAGGCUAAAAAUAUAAAGGAAAAAUCAA